AUGUAAAGCUCAGGAAUGUACAGUAGCACAUAAUACAAUAAAUCUUUCAAAUAUUCAAUAUUGCUCCUUAUUUCGAAAGUGGUGGUGUAAGGAUCUUCACAUCAGGGUACUGAUCACUUUCUCUGGGGUCAUUUUGCAGUAAUGACCUGCUGACUAGACAUGAUCUCUUACAUAUUUGAGUUUCUUCAAAGUUGCUCUUUAUAUUCAACCAGCUUCAAGAGGUGCAUCAUGAGAUUGUUUAUAAACAGAAUUGAAGUUCUUCAAUUCAAGUCCUUAAUAAGCAGAUGCCAUUAGAUCAGAAAAGUAUUUUAAGGUCAUAAGAAACUUCAAGUUUGUCCAAAUUUCAGACUACUAAUGUAAGUGAUUUUCAUUUCUCUUUAUAGGGAUGUUAUCCUCCAGCGGUCCACUGACGGAGGAGCUUCAGUGCUCUAUAUGUCUGGACGUGUUCACUGAUCCAGUCAGCACUCCAUGUGGACACAACUUCUGCAAGACCUGUCUGAAUAAGUGCUGGGACAACAGCUGGACCUGCAACUGUCCAUAUUGUAAAGAAACAUUUAAGCACAGACCUGAUCUCAAGAUUAAUACCACACUCAGAGAGCUCGUAGAUCACUAUAAAAAGAAAAGUCCUGAGAAAAAACCUGAAGUUCUGUGUGACGUCUGUAAGGAAAGAAAGCUGAAAGCCCUGAAGUCGUGUCUGGUGUGUCAGAGCUCUUACUGUGAAACUCACCUGGAGCCUCAUUUGAGAGUGGCAGGUUUAAAGAAACACAAACUGAUCAAUCCUGUGAGGAAUCUGAAGGACUAUAUAUGUCAGAAACAUGAGAGACCUCUGGAGCUGUUCUGUAGAGAUGAUCAGACGAUUGUGUGUCUGUUCUGCACUGAAGGACUUCACAAGAACCACAACACUGUUUCUAUAGAAGAGGAGAGUGAAGAGAAGAAGACUCAACUGAUAAAGACACAGAAAGACACACAGCAGAUGAUCCAGGACAGAAUCAAGAAGAUUCAAGACAUCAAACACUCAGCAAAAGUCAGAAAAAAACACAGAGAAGGAGAAAGCAGCCCGUGUCGAGCUCUUCACUUACACAUCCGCUCCAUUGAGAGAUGUCAGACUGAACUGCUGGAGAUGAUGGAGGAGCAGCAGAAAGCAGCAGAGAAACAGGAGGAAGAGCUCAUUGAAGAGCUGAAGCAGGAGAUCACUGAAUUAAAGAUGAGAAACACUGAGCUGGAGCAGCUCUCACACACUGAAGAUCUCCUCCACCUCCUACAGAUUUACUCAUCCCUGUACAGCUCUAGAAACACCAGGAACUGGUCUGAGAUCAGUGUGAAGACUGAUGAGAGUCUGGAGACUCUGAGGAGAGCUCUGACUCAACUGCAGGACACUCUACAGGAGAAACUCACACAAACUGAUCUGAAGAGGAUGCAGCAGUAUGAAGGUACAGUACAAGAUAUGGCUCAUCCUCAACUCAUCCUGUCUGAUGAUGGAAAACAAGUGAGACAUGGAGACAUUAGUCAGAAACUCCCAGACAACCCAGAGAGAUUUGAUCACUGUGUAUUUGUCCUGGGAAAGGAGGGAUUCUCCUCAGGGAGAUUUUAUUUUGAGGUGCAGGUGAAGGGAAAGACUGAAUGGACUUUAGGAGUGGCCAUUGAAUUCAUUAACAGAAAGGGACAGAUCGCACUGAGUCCCAGUAAUGGAUUCUGGACUGUGUGGCUGAGGAAUGGGAAUGAAUAUUUGGCCUGUGAUGAUCCUCCCGUCUCUCUCUGUCUGAGCAUGAAGCCGCAGCGGGUCGGUGUGUUUGUGGAUUAUGAGGAGGGUCUGGUCUCCUUUUAUGAUGUGGAGUCCAGCUCUCAUAUCUACUCUUUCACUGGUCAGUCUUUCACUGGGAAACUCAAUCCGAUUUUUAGUCCGUGCUUUAAUAAUAAAGGUAAAAACUCAACUCCAAUGAUCAUCACAUCUGUCAAAUACAAUAAAUUAAUUUACAGCCCUAAUAUGAAAUACACAUGAAAAUAAUGAUUUAUAUAAUUAAAAAUGUAAAAACAUGUUUUAUCAUAAGAAAUAAGAAUACAGAAAUUAAGGCAUCUUUACAAAGCCGAUUUAUGACUGCUCUGAAGCGGGUCUGUAUCUGCUCAGAAUUCAGUGUAAAGACGCAAUGCCGCAUUAAAGAAGACCUAAAAUACGCCGGGUCUGACCCACCUCAGCCCCUAGUAUCAAAGGCGACUCUGAUACUGUUCUGGUUCAGUGUAAAUGAACGCGGAAUAUAGCCGCCCUAAACUACGUCAUUGCCAUGACAACCAAAAGCAUUCCAGUCAGCUCCGGCGGCGCGAGAUUAAAGAAGCAGGAUAUGAAACAUAUAAGUUAGGGCAAAUAGUAAAAAUAAUGUCUACUAACAAGGGGCAUAAGUAAAAGAGUUCUGUACUCACGUUGUGAAGCAAACCACCAAAAUAACAGCAGAGAUUCGUCAUGUGUCAUCAGUUGGCUUUCGCCGUUUGUAAUCUUCCUAUGAAGAGACAGUCAGAUCAACGCGCUGCUACAUUUCUCUCAGAUACGGUAGCCUAAAUGCUUAACACAAUCGGCGUCACUUUGAUUGUGUAUUGUUAUAUUAUAUUCCAAAAAUCAUCUAGGCCUACUUGAGGACGAUAUUUCA